CCGCCACAAAAGUUCGUCGACGCCUGCGCUUUUGCCUUUUCCUCCCUUCACACGCUCCCGCCUCGCUCUUCUCCGAGAAGGAAGACUGACCGUCGCCGAAGCCCGUAACUGUCCCACCAGGUGUCUCGCGCAUCCGCCCUUCGCUCGCAAUGGCGCUCAAUCCGCAGGUGACGAACCUCAUCAUCAUACUGGGGUUCAUGCAAAUCUCCAAGAGGAUUCCGUUCGACGACCCCAACGUGCUCAACGGCGUGCGCGCCCUCUACGUCCUCUCCAACGCAAUCAUCGCCGGCAUCUACUUCUACGUCCAGCAGCAGAUCAAUAAGAAGAAUGACAUGACUGUCGUCAAAUACGUCGAGCCCGCCCCGAUGGGCUCCGGCGAAGAGCCCAAGUUUGUCGCAACCACGGUCAAGGCCUACGACCUCCAGCAGCUCCGCGCCCUCUUCAAGGCCCAGCUCAUGGGCGUCGGCAUGAUGGCCGUCAUGCACUUCUACUUCAAGUACACCAACCCACUUCUCAUCCAGUCCAUCAUCCCGCUCAAGGGCGCCUUCGAGGGCAACCUGGUGAAGAUCCAUCUGUUGGGACAGUCUGCGACGGGUGAUCUGCAGAGGCCGUGGAAGCAGAGUGGUGGCCUCAUGGGCGCUAUGCAGGGUGGAGAGAUUAAGACGGAUAAAAAGAGCAUUGAGGCUGCUGAGCGGGCUGGGCGUGGGGGUGUUAAGGAUGAGUAGGCGGGUCGUUGGUGGCUAGCUGCUUUCUCGGGCCGCUGCGUUCGAAAGCCUGACAAUUUUAGUUCUGACACCUCUUGAGCUCAACGAGGACCGAAAACAUGCGCAUUGCUGAUUGUAUAAUAGAUAGAAUUGACUUUGUAGCCACCACACAGCCCCUACAUUACUUCUCCAACCCGCUACACAAUGUUCGAUUUCCAAGAUGCUCCGCUGCGCCUAUUCAACCCCGCGCUCAAAAAUCGACAUAGUCUGGAUCGCUGCCAGCCUCGUCCGCCUUGUCCUUCCCUUGAAUGGUCC